AUGGCCAGCGAUCCCAGGGUGAGCAAACCCAGGUUGCCCAAGGCUUAUACCGACGAACAGCUCAUCUUUCUGCGAAGUCACAUCAGCGGCUUUGAGACGCGCACUCGAGGGCAUGUGAGAGGCGACGCCAAGAAGUUUGCUCUGGACCGCGCCAAUGAGUUCCUUGUCCGUUUUGGCAUGCCAGAGGACCUCCAGGGUAUCGACGAGGCAGAGCCCAGGUUUCGGGAGCAAAUAUACAAUUGGUACAAGAAUACCGUUGGCCGAGCGAGACGAAAGCUUGAGGGAAGAACGAGAUCCAAGAAGACUGCUGAGAAAGUCUCUGGGUCUCCUGGUCAGAAUAGCUUAACAUGGAGCCCGAAUCUCGAGACUCCAACGACUGUGUCGUAUGCUGCUCAAAACGACAUAGCGGCUCAGACUGCCAGCUCGUCAUCACAACAGCAGCAGCAACCCCAACAGCAUGUACCUCCGCCUCCGCCUACUAGCCAUAUACAGUUCAGUUUCCAGACUAACGUAUCGGUGCCUUCUGCGGCCACACUGGCUCUGAAUGUUAACCCCACUGCCUUGAGGGAUGCGUUCCUUACACGAGGAAUAGAUGCUACGACGCUCUCGUCGCUCAUUCAGAGCUACGUCCUGUCACAUCCCUCGCCGACUGCAUUAAAUCCCAUCAUUGAUGCUCUCUUUGCGGCUGUCACUUCAUCUCUCAACGCCCCAACUGCCUCACGAACCGCGUCAAAUCACGACACGAUCAUAACGAUCCUCCGUCGCUUCACAGAAGCAUGCGGAUAUUUCCCAGCCACGAUCAUGCAUGCGGGUGUCUCCGGUCCACUCGCUGGUCCUCGCGCACUGCAGAUGGCCAUUCGUAAAUCGUCUGUAUGGUACCCGGUCCUUGCACCGGUAGGCGGGACCUCGAUGAGCGAUGAAAUGGAGCGCAUUGCCGCAGACCGCCAAAAGCGUAAAGACCACAUCCAAUGGGCACAGAUUCAUGGCGCAGCACUAGAGCUUGGUUUGUUGAGUUUCCGCAACGACUACUCCGGCACGGCCGAGUCGCUGUCAGAACUGAUGGCGCGCGAUGCGGUAUGGGAGGCAGACGAGGUGGAGUGGGUUGCAGGCAUUUUUGUUCUGCAGUCUAUCAUCAGGACUGGGUCGUUGGCUCGGAAACAUGAGUAUGAGCAACUAUUGUCGACCUAUGAGGGGAGGUGGAAGGAGAUUAAGGACGAGGCGCGACAAGCGCUUGUGACGGAAGUAUUGUUGAGCGCGCAGCAGGAUCUGGCGCACAUGGACGAGGGGCGCGUCCAGUGA